AUGGAUGCCCCUAAAGACUUCGUUCACCUCCAACUGGAGCUGAGAAUUGAGGUUGCGCAAUAUCUAUCAGGUAAAAGCCUCAUAGCAUUCGCCAAAACAUCAAAAGCCGCCUACGGAAUCGCCUGUCCGCUACUCGAAAAGGACCAGGAAACAGAAGAAGAGAGAUCUAGUGCGGAUUUGACAUUCAUAUGGGACUAUUACGAACCUCCCACACGACCCCGAGGCUUAUCGUUCCGCAAAUGGCGUUCUUCUAUGCCUGAUGGAAGAAUAAUGGAAGCUGCCAUAACCAAGCUCAGGAUCUUAAUAAGGGCCUGCGAGGCGGGUGAUAUUCAAAAGGUCCAUGCUCUGCUAGGCCAGGGCGUUUCACCUAACCUGCCCAGCCAGUUGACAGCCCCUCCAUGCCAGGUGAGCGUGCCACCGGGGUUUCAAGUACGCUCUCAUUACUAUACCCCUCUCCAGGCCGCCACGCACUUCAACGGGACGGACGUUGUCAGGGCUCUUCUUGCUGCUGGGGCUGAAAUAACUACUGUGUUUGAGAGUCUUGCCUUUCUAUUCUGCAUGGGACGCCCAGACCAAGAUACCCUGGAUCUUCUAAUUAAUCACGGUUUCAAUAUCCACGCGACAACACCGGACGGGUACACAGAAGACAACCUACUACACUGGGCAUGUAGGAAUGGCUGCCCGGCAGUCGCAAUUGCGAAUCUGAUCAACAACGGAAUAAGCAUACAUACGCCUGACCGUUUUUCGGAUACUCCCAUAGUCAUUGCCAUUGAGUGA